AUGGCACAAAAGGCUCCUGUGGACCCAACCAAGAUAGGAGAGGGUCGGGCGAUCGCUGUGCUGACAUCGGGAGGCGAUGCCCAGGGUAUGAAUGCAGCUGUGAGGGCCACAGUUCGAGUAGGACUUUAUACUGGAGCCAAGGUGUAUUUUGUCCAUGAGGGUUACCAGGGUCUGGUGGAUGGAGGCGACAACAUCUGCCUUGCUACUUGGGAGAGUGUGUCAAUGAUGUUACAGCUGGGUGGGACGGUGAUUGGUAGCGCUCGCUGUCAGGAUUUCCGCACCAAAGAGGGACGCGCCAAAGCUGCUUGCAACUUAGUCAAGCUGGGCAUCACCAACCUGUGUGUGAUUGGAGGUGACGGCAGUCUGACCGGUGCCAACCAGUUCAGAACAGAGUGGAGUGAGCUGCUGGCUGACCUACUUAAAGCUGGCAAGAUCACGUCAAAUGAGGCCAAGUGCUCCUCCCAUCUCAACAUCGUUGGCAUGGUGGGCUCCAUUGACAAUGACUUCUGUGGCACAGACAUGACCAUUGGCACAGAUUCUGCACUGCAUCGCAUAAUAGAGAUAGUGGAUGCCAUCACUACCACAGCUCAGAGUCACCAAAGGACAUUCAUCCUGGAGGUAAUGGGCCGGCACUGUGGAUACCUGGCUUUGGUGACAGCUCUGGCCUGUGGAGCAGACUGGGUGUUCAUCCCUGAGAUGCCUCCAGAUGAGGGAUGGCAGGAGCAUCUUUGCAGAAGACUGGCAGAUCAAAGAGUCCGCGGGUCCCGUUUGAAUAUUAUCAUUGUUGCAGAGGGAGCGAUUGAUCGUGAUGGUAAACCUAUUACAUGUGACCUUGUCAAACAGCUGGUUUCAAAGAAGCUCGGCUUUGACACCCGCACCACUAUCCUGGGCCAUGUACAGAGAGGAGGAACACCUUCGGCCUUUGACAGAAUCCUGGCUAGCAGGAUGGGGGUGGAGGCAGUGAUGGCUCUGCUGGAAGCUACACCAGACACUCCCGCCUGUGUAGUCAGCUUAUCUGGAAACAUGGCUGUCAGACUGCCUCUCAUGGAGUGUGUGCAAGUGACUAAAGAUGUCACUACAGCCAUGGCUGAAGGGAGGUUUGAAGAGGCUGUGAAGCUCAGGGGAAAGAGCUUUGAGAACAACUGGAACACGUACAAAAUGCUUGCUCAUGUACACAUCCCAGAUACAAAGAGUAACAUCAACAUCGCCAUAUUGAAUGUUGGAGCGCCAUGUUCUGGGAUGAACGCUGCAGUUCGGUCAGCUGUCAGGAUCGGGCUCCUCCAGGGCCACCAGAUGCUGGCAGUGCAUGACGGCUUCGAUGGCUUGGCCAAUGGAAUGAUUGAGCCUAUUGGUUGGUCUGGUGUGGCCGGAUUGACGGGAAAAGGGGGCUCCAUGCUGGGCACAAAGAGAUCCCUGCCAAAUGAGUUCAUGGAAGAGAUCAGUCUCAACAUCACUAAGUUCAACAUUCAUGCUUUAGUCAUUAUUGGUGGCUUUGAGGCAUUUGUUGGUGGUUUGCAGAUGGUGCAGGCCAGAGAAAAGUAUGAGGAACUUUGUAUUCCCCUUGUAGUGGUUCCUGCUACUGUCUCCAAUAAUGUUCCUGGGUCUGACUUCAGUAUCGGCGCUGAUACUGCACUCAACACUAUCACUAUGACAUGUGACAGAAUCAAACAAUCUGCUGCUGGCACCAAGAGGAGGGUGUUCAUUGUUGAGACCAUGGGAGGAUACUGCGGAUACCUGGCAACCAUGGCUGGUUUGGCAGCUGGAGCUGAUGCUGCUUAUAUUUAUGAGGAGCCUUUUAACAUUCAUGACCUCAAGUUGAACGUAGAACAUCUGGUGGAGAAGAUGAAGACCACAGUGAAGAGAGGACUCAUUCUGAGAAAUGAGAAAUGUAAUGUCAACUACACUACAGACUUUAUCUUCCAACUGUACUCAGAGGAGGGCAAUGGUGUGUUUGACUGCAGGAAAAACGUGCUUGGGCACAUGCAGCAGGGUGGAACACCAAGUCCUUUUGACAGGAAUUUUGGCACCAAGAUGGGGAUCAAAUCUGUGUUAUGGUUGACUGACAAGCUGAAGGAAUGCUACCGACAUGGUCGUACCUUUGCCAACUCUCCAGAUUCAGCCUGUGUGCUGGGCAUGAGGAAGAGGUCUUUGGUCUUCCAGCCUCUUGCAGAACUUAAAGACCACACUGAUUUUGAACACCGUAUUCCAAAGAUACAGUGGUGGCUAAAGUUGAGACCCAUCCUGAAAAUCCUGGCUAAAUACAAGAUCAAUCUGGACACCACUGAAAGAGCUGCAAUGGAACACAUCAUUAAGAAGAGGGGAUUAGCUCCUUAGUAGACAUGAAUGUCCUUUUCUUAAAACACUGCGUAAACCAUCUCUCUGAAAAGUGCAAUAUUAAUCAAAAAGAUGAUAAUAAAAU